UCGGGGUCUCUCCGUGGUACACAGUUUGAAGUUACUGAAGGAGAAUGUAACAGAGGAAGAUUUUUUCCGGGCAUGCGUGUUGGGGUGGUGCAUAGAGUGGGUGCAGGCAUUUUUUCUUGUCUCUGAUGAUAUCAUGGACAGAUCUAUCACAAGGCGAGGGAAACCGUGCUGGUACAGAGUACCGCAUGUUUUUUAUUUUUAUUAUUAUUAUUUUAUCUUUUUUUGGGAGGGGGAAAGGGGGGCGUAUGACAGGAAGAUGGGGAUAUGGCAAGGAGAGGGGGAUAUGGAGAGGAGGAGGAGGAUGUGGAUGAGGAGGACGAGGAGGAUAGCGAGGACGAUGAGGAGGAGGAGUCGAGAUGGGGGAGGAGAAGAGAUGGACGGAGGGAAAAGAGGAAGGGCAGGGGGAGGAGGACAAGGGGGAGGAGGAGACAUGGACGGCGAGGAAGGGGAGGACACAAGGAAGGGAAGGAGACGAGGAGGCAUUGAAGAUGAGGAAGUACGAGGAGGAGGAGGAGACAAGGAGGAUGAGGAAGGGCAGGAGGAGGAGGACGAACAGGAGGAGGAGGAGGAGGAGGGGGAGGAGACGAAAAGGAGAAGGGAGGAGGAGACAUGGAGGAUGAGGAAGGGGAGGAGGAGCAAGGACGAUUUUCUGGACUGCUAUGGUGACCCGGACUACAUUGGCAAGGUGGGGACGGAUAUUGAAGAUAGCAAAUGCUCAUGGCUUGUUGUGAAAGCUUUGGAGUCGGCUAACGAGGAGCAAACAAGCCGAAUUGAGGUUGGGUUCAUUGCCGUCAAUGAUGGAAUCUUGCUGAACUGUCACGUCUAUCGGAUUCUGAAGAAGCAUUUCGGGAACGCGCCGUUUUAUGCUCAACUGGUGGAUCUCUUCACAGAGGUUACGUUCCAGACUGCAUCUGGACAGCUUCUCGACCUAAUUACAUCACCAGAAGGGAGAGUUGCCUGUGCGAUGGUUCUGGCGGGGGAAAAGGACCAAGAGCGGUUUGCGACUGCCAAUGGCAUCCUUGUACAAAUGGGCACAUACUUUCAAGCCCAGGACGAUUUUCUGGACUGCUAUGGUGACCCGGACUACAUUGGCAAGGUGGGGACGGAUAUUGAAGAUAGCAAAUGCUCAUGGCUUGUUGUGAAAGCUUUGGAGUCGGCUAACGAGGAGCAAACAAGCCGAAUUGAGGCGAAUUAUGGAAAGCCAGAGAGAUUCCAUGUUGAUGAAGUAAAACGAGUGUACAACGAGCUCAAACUCAAGACCGUGUUCCAUUCAUUCCUGGCGAAAAUUUAUCAGCGAAGCAAGUAAAUGGAAGGGGAAGCCUGUGAUCAAUGGGAGCAAUUCCAGUCCAGGUUGUCGCACGAGGCUGCGCCUUUCUUUCAAGUGGCAUGAGACGAAACAUUAAGCAUGGCGGUCUUGAUGAUUGCAGAACUCACCAGCGUCGGGAGGACGGACUUGAGGAGAAAGGUUUCUGUAUUCAGAACUGCAGGAGUUCCCAGCUUGAGGAGGAUUAAGAUAUAGUCGAUUCAUUCCAGUCCAGGCUAUUAUAGCCAGGAUAGUGUCAUUUCCGGGCAAGCACCCACCACACGCACGAAAAAUCAUCUGCCUGGGGAGCUGUUUGGCUCUUGAGGAGGGUUAACAUCGUGUCGUAGUUCAGGCCCUUCAGGGUAUUACAGCCACAGGUUAAAGCCUCCUUUCCUGCCUUCAACUUCAAAUGAAGUGCCCUUACCAGCCACACGCACGAAAAAUGUCUCCGCGGGAGCGAUCCGCCAGCGCUCUUGAUGUGUGCCUGCUUGCGUCUGCUAUUGACUUUCUACACGCAUUUGGACGCUUUCUGGACCAUGUGCAUUCUGCCACUGGCUGUUGGUGUUUAUGGUGUUACCAUGAUGUGACUUGGGGCCUCGCUCCACUACUCAACAUUUUCUACAUGCAUUUGGACGCUUUCUGGACCACGUGCAUUCGGUCGAGUUCAACACUUUCGAAUGUAUCGGGGCAAUUGGUAGCUUCAGAUGCAUAUAUAGGAGGGUUGUGUAGUGGAGCAAGACCCUUUCUCUUCGUUCCAAUCUGUAUGCUCAGAUCGGACAGGCGAUUGCACCAAUGGGCGCCCUGAGGCUGACGACCAGAUUCACUCUUGAUCAAAGGCCACCAAGAAAUAUGUUGUUGUUGUUGGUUUUUUUUUUUUUUUUUUUUUUUUUUUAAUGUUGAUGAGGGCACACUGCACAGUGCUUAUAAUAUAUAUAAACGUAACUGCUCACCGCAUGCUUUGCAAAACACCUGUGCAUCUACACAGCAAGGACGGAGCUUACUCUCUUUCCCUCCUUGAGUUCCUGCGCUCUUCGCACAGCUAACAGCACCACAACUCGAUUGUGUGUUGCAGUGGUUACAAACUUAACAGCAUUAUUAAUAUUUUUUUUUUUAGUAUUAAUUUUAGAGUAACAGCCUUAUAUUAGCUUCCACAAAGUACUGAAAGCUCGAGAUGCACGUGCUGUCUUGCUUCGACAGGGCUGGGGGGAGGUCCUGAAGUAAGGCAUUGCAUGGAGCUUCAACGUCUAGUCAGAGAAGAUAAGUCGCUCACGUAUCUGUUCUCUUCUUGUCCUGUUCUUCUGUGAUUGUCUGGUCCCAUGGUUUUGUUUUAUCGAUGGCGUAUGCACACUCGCUGGUUUUCCGUGUUGAAUUUCCUGAUUCUCGAAUUUCUCGUAGAAUAACCUCCCUCGCCGUUUCACACUUCUUUGUUAAAAGAAGUGGUGGUUCCACCGGUAAGCCCAACAAAGCCUGUGUAUGCAGGUUCCCGGUAUCUUUCCCCCAUAAAAGUCAGACCCCUGGCAAAGUUCCUCUGGUUGCGUGGAGUACUCCGGAGUCCGGACCGAUUUGGCUGCAAAAAAGAUCGAUUAGCACAAGUAGCGUGUUACAAAUGAGUGAUCGAAUAGGUGAUCGGCACUUGGAUUCAUGUUUGAAAAACUCUAGAAUCGUGAGUUUCAUCGAAGUACGUAGAAUUGAAAUCUUUGCAGACUUGUGGCCUGCCCUGCUGGUUCGACUUGUCAGCUGUUGUUGUGAAUUAGAAGCUUCCAGGCAGUGUGUUGGAAGAAUUUACAUUGCUGAUAAGACAUCAUGGAAUGCGCCUUUUGAAAAUGCAGGCCUAGCAUGGCAGCAUGGUUUUCAAAAAAAAAAAAUACAAAAAAAAAACAGCAGUUUCUGGGCCUUCUGUCCUUUGGGAACGUACAUCAAGGUCGUCGGCACGGCGCCACACAAGAAUGACAUGUACGUACUUUGUCUUAGACUCUCUGUUAAGUGAUUGUGUUGUUGCAUGACCUGGUUGUCAGUGGUUGGCCUGCAGAAUCCGCCCUUUCGUUUCGGUAGAGAAAGGAAUGCAGCGGAUGUGGUCAUUCCUACGGUUUGGUCGCAGUUUUAGUAUUUUACAACAGGGAGAAUUUACAGACUUGGUUCAAGUCCUCGUUCGCUGACGCUCACUUUUUUUUUACGGACUCGAUCUCUCGAUCAGGAGAGAGCCGUUCUUCUGGUUGUGCGAAAGUUUGGUAGCAUAUGUUUGGUUCGUGUCUUUGAGAUGAACUUUAUUUCUGGCGCUUGAGGAGAAUUAAAUCGAUUCGCGUUUUCGCGAUGAGUUGAAGUAAAGACAAUGACCGCAUUUCACCCAAAAAUCCUUGGUGAGCAGUGGCGCCACCCACCCAAAAAAAAAAGAAAGGGAAGGUAGUCGCUGUAAAUGUAGAUGCAGUUUGGAUGCUUGCUAAGGCCCUCUUUCAUUCACUACUUUGGACAAUGUUGACAUGACAUUAUCAGACAAUCGCUUGCAUAUUUUCUGGUCAAAGAGUUGUUGCAACUUUAAUACAGGUUGUUGGAUUUCUAAUGAAAAUUUACUUCUGUC